CUGCGGCGGGUCGCGGUGCAUGAUUCAUUAUAAUUGAGAGGAAGUGCAGAGGAAGUUUGCGUGAUGACCGAACAAUUCGACGACAGAGAGUGCGCGGGGGUUAGUCGGUACAAUUUCGCGAUUGGUGUCUCGUACCGCGGUGGUGCGUGAGUUACUGUGCACAUGAGAGUCCAUCUCGUAGGAUUGUAUGAUAUUCUUCGGAGUGGGUUUUGGCUCCUACUGCAGUUUUGUGUAUGUGAAUGAGGACUUGGAUAAUCUGCUCUUGUUUCAUGAUCGAGUCGUGCAACUCGCUGGCGUUGCACACAGAGUGUGAGUUGUUUUCUGCAUGAGGCGACCAUUUCGAAGUGGAAUGGCUUCCAUGAUGCAAUUGCGUCUACUGUGCAAGGUUGUUGUAAAAGCCAAUGACCUGGCUCGGCGAAAGGAUGGCACCAUCAACCGCUGGCUUGCGGAUGUAUGUGAGAGGAAGGUUCCUGCUAAUCCGAAACCAAUCAAAGGAGUGCACACUGUUGAUGUUACAAUUGACCCCGAAGCUGGAGUUUGGGUUCGACUAUUUAUCCCAACUGAGGAGACGGUGGAGACCCCUUCGAAAUCGGCGUCCAACGACACCCAGAUAGAGUCCAACAAGACCAUGCCAAUCGUUUAUUACUACCACGGAGGCGGGUUUACUAUUUUGUGUCCCGAUUUCUAUUUGUACGAUGUAUUUUGUCGGCGCUUAGCUAAAUGCUGUAAAUCAGUUGUGAUUUCACUACAUUACAGGCGAGCACCCGAAUUUAAGUUCCCCACGGCAUACGAUGACUCGUUCAAAGGCCUCGAGUGGCUUCAAUCGGAGAAAGCAACCGCAUCUCUUCCUCUAAACGUGGAUUUCUCCCGGGUAUUUCUGUGUGGAGACAGUGCUGGCGCUAACAUAGCCUAUCACAUGGCUCUGCAAUCAGCCAGAAAGGACUUGGGUCGCGUGAGUCUUAAGGGUGUGGUGAUAAUUCAGGGCUUCUUUGGUGGGGAGGAGAGGACACCAGCUGAGCUUCGCCUCAAGAACGUUCCGUUGGUUUCUGUGGAGAGCUUGGAUUGGUACUGGAAGUCUUACUUGCCUAAAGGCUCCAAUCGAGACCACCCAGCCUGCAACAUUUUCGGGCCCAACUCCUCGGACUUGUCUGAUGUUUCCUUGCCCCCAUUUCUUAACAUUGUCGGCGGUUUGGAUAUCUUACAAGAUUGGGAGAUGCGAUUUGCGGAGGGUUUGCAGAAAGCUGGAAAGCAGGUGCAAACGAUUUUCUAUGAGGAAGGGAUACAUACAUUCGCUCUCCUGAAUCAGGCUAAGGUGGGACCCAAAAUGUUCCUUGAUGUCGCCGCAUUCAUCAACAGCCAUUAAGAAUUUGUUCAGUGGUACAGCCUAUCACCAGUCCCACUUCUCUAUGCUUCUAUGAAGAAAGCAUCCUACACGAAGCUACGGCGGACAUUUAGCUUCAGAAUUUGGUACAAACUACAGUGUUCCUCCACAUUUUUACGAAUAUUAUGAUCCCUGCAAGCAGAAUUCAGGUCCGUUUUCGCAGCAGUAAGUUAAAAUGUUGAAUACCCCUACUGGAACCUAUCUAUUGUGUCUUCAUUGUGGGACCAAGAGAUUAAUGAUUUUCUCAACACUAGCGUCCGUCAUUUAUUUUAUAGUGAUGAUUUCAAACUUGUGACACAGGAAGAGGGUAGUAAUUUUGGGAAACAUACGAAAAUGAUUUUAAUAUACUUUGGAUUAUGGUUCCAAUUGUGUAGUAUUCAAGCCCA